AUGGGCGAAGUCUUUCGCCUGGAAGCCCCACGUCUCGAGCAUAUGACCUUACGUGGUAUUGAUAUCGACAAUAUACUUCCUAUUAUCGAUUUCAACCUCAGCGACCUCGCAACGUUACAUAUAACGUGGACCUACGGACUACUAGAGGAAAAUGUCCUUGAAAGACUGGAACGUUUUGGUCCUUCUCUUCGUACCCUCACGCUUCACACGCUUGGAGUGGAUCCUGCAAUUUUUGAUGUCAUGCAUGUUACAAGCUUGGAGCGACUGUGUCAAGCAUGUACCCAACUGCAGUUCUUUGGCUAUCAAAUCAAGGGCGACGAUUUGGCACCAUCCAAUUGGACGGGAAGGGGAAACGAGUUCCUUGCAAGGCUGGACCCUCUUAAACACCUAAAAGAUCUGCGAAUCCUGCACUUCCGCUUUCCCAAGCUCAUCGAACCCCCAGCAUAUGGAGACGCCACAAAUAACGGGCCGAACGACAUCACGUGGGAGGUCCAGCGUUUCGCCAACGCUGUCUUUCGCUAUAUGGAUAAACACGACAUGUGCCCGAGGUUGAAGGGCAUGAUUUUCGGUACACAUUGGAACGCCCAGCCAGGAAUGGAUGGUGAAUGGUGCUAUCCGCGGCACUGCUUCGUCAAGGGACAUCAGACUGACGCGCUGAACCGCACCAUGGUCGUUGCUGUGCUUGUGCCUCCGUACAUGAUACGCCAGCUCGAGCCGGAUUGCGACCUACUUGAUUUUGAUCCCGAGUCUGAAUGGGCCACGGAGUAA